UGAGCUGGGAGACUACAACCUUACGGAUAACUUCCCAGGCUACCUCUCAGAUUACUCUUUCAUCCCUGGCCAGCAUCAAGACUUCGAAAAAGAAAUAUCCAAACUACAUCAGCAACAUAUAGGUUUGUCUCCAGCUGAAGCAGAGUUUAGUUAUCUCAGUACUGCCCGAACCUUAGAACUCUAUGGAGUUGAACUGCACUAUGCAAGGGAUCAAAGUAAUAAUGAAAUUAUGAUUGGAGUAAUGUCAGGAGGCAUACUAAUUUAUAAGAACAGGGUACGAAUUAAUACCUUUCCAUGGUUGAAGAUCAUAAAAAUUUCUUUUAAGUGCAAACAGUUUUUCAUUCAACUUAGAAAAGAAUUACAUGAAUCUAGAGAAACUUUAUUGGGAUUCAACAUGGUGAAUUAUCGAGCAUGUAAGAAUUUAUGGAAAGCUUGUGUAGAACAUCACACUUUUUUUCGGUUGGACAGACCACUGCCACCUCAGAAGAACUUUUUUGCACAUUAUUUUACUUUAGGGUCGAAGUUUCGGUACUGUGGGAGAACAGAGGUCCAGUCUGUACAAUAUGGCAAAGAAAGGGCAAACAAGGACAGGGUGUUUGCCAGAUCCCCAAGUAAACCUUUGGCUCGCAAAUUGAUAAGUGGGAUGGACUGGGAGGUUGUCAGCAGAAAUUCAUUGUCUGAUGACAGGUUAGAAACUCAAAGUUUACCAUCCCGUUCUCCACCUGGAACCCCUAAUCAUCGCAACUCCACAUUUACUCAAGAGGGAAACCGUUUACGGCCAUCUUCAGUUGGACAUUUAGUAGACCAUGUAGUCCAUACUUCACCCAGUGAGGUAUUUGCAAACCAUCGGUCGCCUUCUUCUACACAGGCCAAUAGUAUAAUUCUAGAAUCAUCACCGUCUCAAGAGCCCCCUAUAGAUGGCCAGCCACCUGCACUGCCACCUAAACAAUCUAAAAAGAAUAGUUGGAACCAAAUUCAUUAUUCACAUUCACAGAUAGAGUUGGAUAACCAUAUAAAUGAAACGUAUGAUGACGAUUCUUCCUCGUCUCCUGAAAAAUCUACUCCAAAUGGUGGGAUUCCUCAUGACAAUCUUGUUCUAAUCAGAAUAAGACCUGAUGAAAAUGGCAGAUUUGGUUUCAAUGUAAAGGGUGGAUAUGACCAGAAGAUGCCUGUCAUUGUAUCUAGGGUGGCCCCCGGAACACCUGCAGAUGUUUGUGUCCCUCGUUUGAAUGAAGGAGACCAGGUUGUACUGAUCAACGGCAGGGAUAUAUCAGAACACACCCACGAUCAAGUUGUUAUGUUUAUUAAAGCUAGCUGUGAGCGGCACUCAGGGGAACUUGUACUCCUAGUUCGACCCAAUGCUAUUUACGAUGUAGUAGAAGAAAAGCUAGAAAGUGAACCAGAUUUCCAGUACAUACCUGACAAGUCCCCACUUGAUGGAAUUCACCAUGAUGAUAAUGCUCUGAGAGAAUCAAUGUUUCAGCUAGCGGAAGGGCUUGUCACUGGAACAGUCUUGGCUCAGUUUGAUCAACUUUAUAGGAAGAAGCCUGGAAUGACAAUGUCUUGUGCCAAAUUACCUCAAAAUAUUUCCAAAAAUAGAUACAGAGACAUUUCGCCUUAUGAUGCUACACGGGUCAUUUUAAACAGUAAUGAUGAUUACAUCAAUGCAAAUUAUAUAAAUAUGGAAAUUCCUUCUUCUAGUAUAAUCAAUAAAUACAUUGCUUGUCAAGGUCCUUUGCCCAACACUUGCCCAGAUUUUUGGCAGAUGACCUGGGAACAAAGCUCCUCGAUGGUUGUUAUGUUAACCACUCAAGUGGAAAGGGGCAGAGUAAAAUGUCAUCAAUACUGGCCAGAGCCUGGCGGAAGCUCCUUAUAUGGAAAUUUCCAAGUCACCUGCCAUUCAGAAGAAGGAAAUCCUGCCUAUGUCUUCAGAGAGAUGACAUUAUUUAAUUUAGAGAAAAAUGAGGAUCGUCCACUCACUCAGAUCCAGUACGUAGCAUGGCCUGAUCAUGGAGUUCCUGAUGAUUCCAGUGAUUUCUUAGAUUUUGUAUGUCUUGUCCGGAAAAGAAGGGCUGGGAAAGAAGAACCUGUUAUUGUUCAUUGCAGUGCAGGGAUUGGACGAACUGGAGUUCUUAUUACUAUGGAAACAGCAAUGUGUCUUAUUGAAUGUAAUCAGCCUGUUUAUCCCUUGGAUAUUGUAAGAACAAUGAGAGAUCAAAGGGCAAUGAUGAUCCAAACACCUAGUCAAUACAGAUUCGUUUGUGAGGCUAUUUUGAAAGUGUACAAAGAAGAACUUGUUAGACCUUUAAAGACAUCACUGAAUAAAUAGGAAGCAAAACAUAACUUUCAGAGAAGAUUCUACAUAAGACACAAACUGUACUUGUGCUAUAAUGUUUCUUGAAAGAAAUGAUGUCUGAAAAUAAUGAAGAACUGAAAAGGACUUCAGCACUAUUGCACUUUAAGUUAAAACUGAAAAUCAGUCUCUAAAACACUAUGAUUUUUCUGUAUUGAAAGACUCCAUUCAUGCUUUGCUUCAAACAAGCCACAGAGUUAAUGAGCUCCAUGAGUUCUGGAUAAUUUUCCAGACUUGGUUGCAGUGCCAUAUAGCCCUUUUGUUCAAAAUGCUACAAAAAAGAAAAAGGAAAAAAAAAAAAAGCUUGGAAUACUUUCGUUCUUUGACACCUGUUUCUAAAGCAACUACAAUACAUGCAAAGCUAUUUCUUCCA